UGAGAUCGAUGUGUGUGCGCUACUCGUUCAGAAAUAGCCACCUCGACUACAUUUCCCGUGAAUGCGUUUUCGGUUCAGCUGUUUGUAUGUAGCGAUUAGAGGUCGGUGUGCUCAGCCUGUGGAUAUUAGAUCCGCAAAGACCAAGAGGACACCGCCAAAUAUCUAGCAAGAAUUGUCGAGGAUCGCUGCGCAACCUCAGUGAGGAACUCUGUUGGCGGCUGAUAAGCAACGUUCACGAGAGAGUGUGCUCCUGAGACACCGGAGUCAUGGGGAACCAGACAAGUAGCGUGGCGGUAGAUCGUCUGCCCGACCUGUGGGUGGAGGGUGGAUUCACAGACUCGCCGAAGGCUCCUCGCAGUACAUCAUUCUCCGGAGCAGUGGCAAACAAUGUGCGGGAGACCAGCCUGGCAAGUCGGCCAUCAAGCACGACCAGCGGGAUAAGCUCUUCGACAGCCAGCACAGGCGUUUCAAGCAUGAACUCCUAUGAUGCUGAUGAUGAUGAGGACUAUUCCAGUGAUACUCUAUCAGCUGCGGGGGCCGGUUCUAAACCACCAUCUGGUAUCGUGUCAAUAAACAGUGAAAGCCAGACAGCGACAUUCCGCCAUUUCAGCUCACCGGCUGAUAUGCAAAACUCUCGCGAAGAACUCCGCCGCCGCCGCUCUAAUCGCAAAUCUCAGCUAUCGUUGAGUGACGACGGCGACGGCAAGAUGGAGUUAAAGCGACGUGUCUCCUUUCAGCAGAGAAUGCGUUACGACUUGGUGUUGGAUCGUACUGCUGGUCUUAAUAGUAUGGACAAGGAAGGACGACCGGGAAAACUGACACUCAUCACAACUAGCCACUUUGAUCAGCCGGAUCAGCAAGAUGACAAAAGUCGUCUACUAGACUGCCCGACCGAGAUCUACCUGGAAGAUGUCACCGAACGUGUGGAGAAAUACAACAAGGAUGUUGGCCGUGAGCGCAUCUGGGUGACGGCCGAUGGAACGCAGCUAGAGGGCUACAUAGAAGUGAAACUGAACCUGCAACAUGCCAUUCAUGUCAUCCGCACACCAACCGCUAGUCAUAAUCUCCUGGAUGGCGUUGAUCACAAGCGCGCUUCAUUGCAACUUGUACGUCUAGAUGCUGGUACCAAGACACUGCUGGUCAGCUCCGACACAACCACUGGCGAGCUUAUCGAACAGCUGGUGACUGUAUAUCGUGUGGUAGAGGACCCGGAGAUGUUUGCGCUGUUUGAAUGUGACUCGGCUUUCCCGGCAAAUAGUCGACGACUGGAUGGCGAAGAGCGUCCACUUCUGCUCAGCCUGAUUUGGGGUCCAAACAAUUCCCGUUCCCUGGUCUUGCAAGAGGCACAUCCCGGUGGAGCAGCGCUUAGUCGUUCACACGACUGGAGAGAAGUUGGUGCGGCUGCACUUGCUGCCUCACCCGCCUCCAAUCCUCCAUCAGUGCCCACAACUCCCGAAGCGGAAACUCCCACUCCCAGCUUUGGCUCUGCAACGUCAUCUUCGUCGGCUUCUUCAGCUUCUUCGGCAUCGUCUUCUAGCUCCCCUGCUUCCAAAGAGAACAGGCGGUCUCGGCGAAUAUCUCGGACGGGCAAGACAAUCAACUGGUUGGCUUUCUCCAUACCCGAACUCAACAACUUCCUCAGCAUCUUGGAAUUUGAAGAAGAACGUCAGAUCAAGAAGAUCGAGUCGCAGUAUGGCAAAUAUAAGGGUACGUUGAUUGAGUUGUUGAUGCAUAAGCAACCAAGCGUGCCCACCGAGCCAUUCCAGACGGAAAUUUGAUUCCGACCUGGUGAACUUGAGCGUUGAAACCAAGCAGAUUGUUUUGACAGAUUGUUUCGUUGCUUGAGCCUUUCAGGUUGCAUUCUCGAAUCUGUUCUAUCCUUGAUGUGGUACUUUCUGCAGCAUUUUGACGAGAAGUGGUUUGUGUGUUCGUUUUUUGUACUUUAUGGCCCGGCUUCAGACAUUCAGCCUUCACUAUCUAUUUUUCCGGAUGUACAUAGUAGCAAUUUUCAAUACAUCGUGUGAACUUUUAAAUCUUUAUCCCUCCUCCUCCUCUAUAUCAGACAGACCUGCACAGUGGCAUUCAACAGCCAAUGCCUGCUGUACACGUGCACAAUGGUUUGCAAUAAACUGUGUGUAGAUGUCUGUCUAUCUUUUACUUCGAAAUGCGCACGGUUGUAAAUUUGUACUUAGUCAGCGGGGUUUUGAUUUGUUCCUUCUAUGUAUACGUACGGGGACGAUUUCAUUAACUCUAUUUCCACCUGCAUGUCACCUGUACGUAUUCAGUAGCAUUUCCAUUGCUCAUUGAUUGUCAGUUCUGCUGACCCAGGCUAAUCUCUAAAGGAAGAGUAGCAUGUG